UUGUCCUUUUUGCUGGAAGGGAUUUAGGCACGAUCGGUGCUCACUUACAUUCAGUGAUCAGAUCAGAUUGCUGCCCACAGCAUGGCGUCAACCCCCAGCAACUCAGACACAGUCAAACAAGGUACCAUGACAAAAAAGAUGCGAGCCAAGAGGAAGCUGAACUUUUCAGCCUCAGAUUACAGAAGCAAGAAAAAGUUUCGCCUGAAAAGUGAUCUCAUGAUACCUGUCACUCCUCUUCAACUAAAAAAAGGUCACACACCCACUUCCAGUGAUAAGGAGACAGCCAAUCAUGAAGAGGUAGAACCGGUCAAAUAUCUUAUUGGGCAGUUGAUCUGGGGCAGAUUGAAAGGAUUUGACUGGUGGCCUGGGCAAGUUAUUUCCAAUAUUGAAGCACAAAAGUUCCCAGCUGUGGAAGGUUCUUAUUGGAUCAAGUGGUUUGGAGAUAACAAAAUAUCAAUGCUUCCUGUUGUAUGUUUACGGCCACUUUACGAGUUCAAAGAGAGUUUUCACCUAUCAAGGAUGAGAGGUCUUUAUAAGACAGCCAUCAUUACCAGCUUAGAGGUAGCAGCAAAAAGAUGUGGUAAAGUGUUCUCUAAGAGCAGCAAACAAGAAAAGUCAAAGAAAGGGAAGAGAGGAGGCAGCUCUAGACCAGGAAAGAAGGCUGAACCAAACGCUGAGAUGGAGAGAGAGGAUGAACAACUUAGUGAAAAAAAGAAAAUUGAAAUAAUGGUGCAGUGGGCAUUAAAUGGGUUUGAGCCAAGCGGCCCUGAAGGGUUUGCACCAAGUGAAGAGGAUAUGGUAGACACUCCAGUACCACUAAAUGAAAUGGAUCUGACGUCAGAGGAAAUGACUGCUGAUCAAAAGGCACGCUUUGGUAAACCAAUCAAUGAACCAAACCUGGCAGAAAAUAUCAAAGCUCUGUUUGAUGCAGUAGCAGAUGGAAAAAAGAAAAUUUCAGGUAUCUGUCUGGCAUGUGGUGAUGAUAGAGUUUUCACUGAACAUCCAUUGUUUGAGGGAGGUCUGUGUAAAGAAUGUAAGACUUCUUUCUUGGAAAAUGUUUAUCUAUAUGAUGAAGAUGGUUCUCAGAUGUAUUGCACAAUCUGUGGAGAUGGCAAGGAAGUUUUCAUGUGUGAUAACACUGGCUGCUUUAGGUCAUACUGUAGUCUCUGUAUAGGGAUGUUAUGUGGUAGAAGUGCAGUCAAAGAGAUUGCCGCAGCUGACAAUUGGGUGUGUUACAUGUGUUCAGGAGGGUGUCAAGGACUUAUCAGGCCCCGACACAACUGGUCUGCUAAACUGCAAGAGUUCUUUAUGAACGACAAAGAGCAAGAUUUUAAACAGCCAUAUAUUUUCCCAGCAGUUUCCCCGGAAGAGCGCAGACCAAUUCGAGUCUUGUCGCUGUUUGAUGGAAUAGCUUCUGGUUUCCAAGCCUUGAAAGAACUUGGUGUUGAAAUCGAAGUGUACUACGCAUCUGAAAUCGAUGAACAAGCCAUACAGGUGGCCAAGGUGCAGCAUGGAGAUAAGAUCCAGCAUGUUGGUGACAUCACGCAAAUCUCCAGAGAUGAGAUUGAAGAACUUGGACCAUUUGACUUUGUGUUUGGAGGAAGUCCAUGUAAUGAUCUUUCCAUCGCAAACCCAGUGAGACGAGGAAUUUGUGAGGGAACUGGCCGUCUGUUCUUUGACUUUUUUCGGCUCCUUCAAUUCGUAAGACCUAAGUCAGAUAUGGAGAGACCUUUCUUUUGGCUUUUUGAAAAUGUCGUUGGCAUGAGAGCAGAUGACAAGAAGAUUAUUUCAAGAUUUCUAGAGUGUAAUCCAGUGGUAGUGGACGCCAAAGAGAUCUCUCCUGCUCACAGAGCUCGUUAUUUUUGGGGAAAUCUGCCCGGAAUGAACAGGCCAACAGUGCCUUUACCCGGUGAUAAGCUUUGCUUGCAGGAUUGUCUAGAACCAAACUGUGGAAGGCAGGCCAAGUUCACUAAAGUACAAACUCUGACUACCAAUGCCAACUCUAUGCUUCAAACCAAGAAAGGUCUGUUUCCAGUUCAGUAUACAGGAGCAGACGGACAGCGGAAGGAAGAUGUGCUUUGGAUCACGGAGAUGGAGAGGUUGUUUGGUUUACCAUCGCAUUACACCGACGUCAGUAACAUGGGGCGCUCACAGAGACAGCGGCUGUUAGGGAAGUCUUGGAGUGUUCCUGUGAUACGGCAUCUUCUGUCUCCUUUAAAGGAAUACUUUAAAUGUGAAGCAUGAAAUGCUUAUAUGACGUGACCGAUGCAUACGCAGCUAGUUGUGUCCGAAAGUGAAAACGGCCAGUUUUUUUUGUAUGUGGCAUAUUUGUCCCUCGUUUACUGGACUAUUUUAAUAUUCUUCUAUUUUAAUAUUCUUGUAAUUCAAGGUUAGUUCUUUCGUAUACAAAAACACCCGUUCCAGUUUUUUUUUUCAGUCUGCAAGGAAAGAAACGAAAACAAAACACAGAUAUGAACGUCUUUUUUAAUUUGAUGCUUUAGGUAACUCUUGUAGAUUUGCUGAAUACUAAGUGGAAUCCUCCAUGUUGCCCUAGGUGGUCACAGCGUAAGGUGCUCAGGACCACCAGUGUAGUAGGGCGAUCUCUGUUUGGUUACUAGUUAGACUACGAUCGUCACGUUACGUUCUGGUCCAAUUGAUCGUGCGUCUUUUAAUAAAGUUUGUGUUGGGGGUGGGGGGUGGUGUUGCAGGUGUACUAUAUUCUCCUGGGGUGAUAGGCUUAACAAACUUGUUCUUUGUUCUAAUAUUCUAAGAGGAAACAAAUAAAAACAUCCAUCAUAUCUAG